AUGACUAUGCUUGAAAAUGUAAACAAUCACUUCAAAGAUAAGGCUUCUUUUGGCACUGUUAUAAUGGUUAUGGUAUUUGCCACUCCAACUAUACAGAGUAUGCAAAAUAACAUUAGUGAACUCCUUGGAUUGGAUUUGACAAAUUGCAAUGAGGAGGAUGCAAAAGAUAAGUUGUUGGAUGCUUUGAGGAAAAACAAGUUUCUUCUAAUAGUGGAUGAUUUGUGGCAUGAAUUGAAUCUAGGGGAUAUAGGAAUCCCUCAACCUGGAAAGGAUAAUGGGUGCAAGAUUCUUGUGAGCAACCAAAAUCUAGAUGUAUGUACAGACAUGAGGGCUGAAUCCAUAAUAGAAGUGAAGAAGUUGUCAGAGUCGGAAGCUUGGAGUCUGUUUGUUGCAAAAGUGGGUCGGGAUGCUACUUUCCCAUCAAUAAAACCCCAUGCUGAGAUUUCAAAAGACAACCUGAAGUUCUUGGUGCAUGCCCGAGCUUCAUUGAAGGAGGCACUAGAGGCUGCUGAGUGGGAAGAAGAAGAUAGAUUUUCACUGACCCAAAAAGAACUGGAGGUUCUCCCCGAAUUGUCGCUGAGUUGCCCAAAACUUGUUACGUUGCUGCUCCAAGGUAAUGAAACCCUUAAGGCCAUUCCCUCAAAUAGUUCCUUCGAAUGCAUGGAUUGCCUUCAUGUGCUCGAUCUUAGUGACACUAGGAUUAAAUCUCUUCCAUCUUCCCUGUCAUGUUUAGUAAAUCUCUGUGUGCUCAAUUUGAGCAAUUGCCAAUCGCUACGAGACUUUCCACCAAUUGGAGGGCUCCAACAACUCCAGUAG